AUCCUAACACGGUGAUUUGCAGGAACAUCCAAUACACAAAUUACAACAAAAAUAGAAUACAGAUAAUAAAAAGGGUUCCGGCUCUCUUGCACUCCAUUGAUGGAUCUCUAGCGUUUCUUUUCGAGGAGAAUUCAAGGCUGGAUCUUUGUUUCAUGGUCUAUUUGUCAAUUCCUUGAUCCAUUCUCGGGACCAUUUCUCAUUUCUCAUGGAGGAGGUUCCAGGGAUGGAGGAGGCCAAAAAGAAUGGGAGUCACAUGACAUCAGCUGCAGCUUUUGUGGAAGGGGGAAUACAAGAUGCUUGUGAUGAUGCUUGCAGCAUUUGUCUUGAGACUUUCUGUGAAAGUGAUCCUUCAACGGUGACCAAUUGCAAACACGAGUUUCAUCUUCAGUGCAUCCUUGAAUGGUGCCAGAGAAGCUCUCAAUGUCCUAUGUGUUGGCAAUCCGUUAGCCUGAAGGAUCCCACGAGUCAAGAGUUGCUUGAGGCUGUGGAACAGGAGAGGAGCCUUAGAUUUACUCCACCAAGAAAUGCUACGAUAUUUCAUCAUCCCACACUUGGGGAUUUUGAAUUACAGCAUUUGCCAGUGGGUGCAAAUGAUGCUGAACUUGAAGAACGGAUUUUACAGCACUUUGCUGCUGCUGCAAUGGGAAGGGCUCAGCACAUUGCCAGGAGGGAUGGCCAGAGGAGUCGAUCAUCUGCCAAUGGCCAUCCGCACUUUUUGGUAUUUUCAACUAGUCCUAAUGCACCUCCUGCUGGUCCUCUCUCUGCCUCUUUGGGUCAGGUGGAAGGCGAAGCUGAACCGGCCAUGAUCACUGUUGCCAGUCCAUCUGUUCAACUGACAUCUGGUAGUGAUGGCCCAUCACAGCUGACACCACAGUUUCCUUCUGUUCAAGCUGAUCAAAUUUCUGCUUCAGCAUCUGGAUCUAGGGUCAUAUUGGCAAAUCAACAAGGAAAUUCUAGUAGUAAUCGAAGCUCUGCUAAUCAAUCAUUGCUCCAAAAUCAAGAUAGAGCUGGACCGUCAGAAUUCCAGUCAUUUUCAGAUUCUCUAAAAUCUCGAUUUAAUGCAGUCUCAAUGAGAUACAAAGAGUCAAUUUCAAAGAGUACGAGAGGGUGGAAGGAGAAGCUCUUUUCUCGUAGCACAUCCGUGGCUGAUAUUGGUUCUGAAGUUCGGAAGGAAGUGAAUGCUGGAAUUGCUAGUGUAUCUCGCAUGGUGGAGCGCCUUGAAAUGAGAGAAACUAGUGCAGCUGGCUGUGCUACCGUGUUGGAUCACCGCGCUGAUUCAGCUGCUGAGCAGAACAACCGGAAUAAUGCAGAGACUCAUGGUGAAAACUCUCUAAAUGAUCGCGAUAAACCAGCUUGUCCUGCUAGCUCGGUUUCAAAUUGAGCUGUUGAGAAUUGUUUCAGCAUGUCCUUCUAUCCUCAGCAUUUCAUCUUUGAAGGAAUUGGAGCAUUGUCACCUGUCUCAGAGGGAAGGCUUUACCAUGGUUGUUGGCUAGCUUUCGCCUCUCUCCAGAUAUGACAUGCUGAGGACAAGAUGCUUUGUAUUUUGGUUGAGCGUUAUAAUGUGCGAGUGCCUUAAGAGAUUGUGCUCUGAAUCCAAAUAAGUGCGAGGGGAAAGUCCGAAAGAGGGGGCUUCCCUCAUGACAGGCUUACAGAUGUGCAUGUAAAUUUGUAUAUGAUACAGAUUUGGUGCCGCAUAUAUCCCGAAUAUAUCGAACCAUGUUCUUGAUGACUAAACGAUUUGUGUGUUGAUUGCAAGUAUGCCAAGGGAAAAAAAGUUGCUUAAA